CCACGCCUCUCCAGUUAUUCACGCAUCAACAUGGCGACGUGCAGGACGAUGGGGCGAAGCAGGAGAACCAUCUGCGCUCUUUCUCUGGUUGUUUUCCUCCAGCUGUUGGUCGGCAGCUGCCUGUCAGCUCCAGUUGGCAACACGACGGCAGACAAAGAUCCGGAGGGAAACACAUCUCAGAGUCUUCCUCUGACCACUGUAGACAAGCAAACGGAUAGCACCGAGCCUUUGACACCUGGUCAGACUCCAGAGUUACCAGAUUCCAACAACCCUGCAUCACCUGCCGGCAAUGACUUCACAACACUUAAAGAAAACCUCACAUCAUCCAUUCAACCAAAAGCAUCUACAGAGAAUGCUAAAGUCACCGUCUUCGAUUCCUCUGAUCCACAGCCAGUAUCUAUCAGUGACGGGAACACAAUGCCUGAUGUGGAUGAAAAUGCAACAGGCAAAGUUGAGACAACAGGUGAACCGGUGGCUUCUGAAUCCAUUCCAGCCUCUACUCCAGAAGCUCCCUCCCCUCCACUCAAAACCACCGAGUCAGACCAACCAAUAGUGGAUGCAGAAACAGCCGUCUCUGAGUCCAAGUCCUCCAUCGCACUGAACCCAUCCACUGUACAGGAUACUGACCCAGACCUGCUGGGGACCUCUGACAAAGAAUCAACAAAUACUUACCCAGAUAUCAAUGAAGAGGAGGACGAUGACGGUAUGUACGACACCACCGACGACGACGACGGUGACUCCCUGGAGCCCAAGUAUCCAAGCACUGAAGAGGACAAAGACGAGACUGUGAACAGGCUGACGCAGCCAGAGGAAAUGGAGGUGACCCGUUACAAAGGAGGAGACGUCUACAGCACGGAGGACGAGGACUCCCACUUCUUCUUUCACCUGAUCAUCCUGGCCUUCCUGGUGGCAAUCGUUUACAUCACCUAUCACAACAAGAGGAAGAUCUUCCUCUUGGCUCAGAGCCGACGCUGGAAAGACGGUCUGUGUUCGCGCAACACCGUCGAGUAUCACCGCCUGGACCAAAAUGUCAACGAGGCCAUGCCGUCCCUCAAGAUGACCCGAGACUACAUCUUUUGAGUCGCGUUCAGGAGAACAAUAUGUCCGGACCUGCACAGAGCCAGUUGGCCUCCCUGCCUGGCCAGUCGCAUUGUUGAGACGCUGUGCUUUGUCAUGGAGCUUGAUCGAUGCUUUCCUCUGCUUUACAGGCCCAGCUGUAGAGCAGGGAGUCUAAUUAUGUCUUUCAGAUAGAAUCAUGUUUGUUCAUGACUUUUCGGUUGUCUGCGUAGAGAGAGUUUCACUGUUUCUUUUAUUCUUAUGUUAUUUGAAUGUUGUUUGUAUUAUUUUUCUAAAUUAAUAACUUCUUGGGAUUUAAUAUUUUGCUUUAGGGGUCUUUUAUAUCUGUCCUUUUUGGAGUGUUUCAGCCUUAUGGUUGGUCUAUUUUUUUAUUUUUUUGCCUCUUGCAUACAGUCUUUAUAUGUUUAAUCUCCACUUUAAGGAUAGGAAGAAUUUACAUGUUAAUAUAAUGCUUAAUUCUAACAUUUUGUUUCUCUCAGCAGCUAGCCAAAAUAUAAAUUGACGCACAAAGCGUUUGCUUUUCAAAGUACCUGUUGUGUCAUGCAUACUUUAUAGUGUAAAGGUGUGAGUAUGCAAACAAGCAGCAAUCUAGGAGAAGCUGAUACAUAUGCAGUCAUUUCAAAAACUGUCUAUCGCUCCUGUUAAAAUAGUCUUUUUGUCAUAGGUCUGAGUGUAAGUAGGGUAAUAUACAUUGGGAAAAAUAAUUUAAAUAUAUAUGAAGUUGAAAUACUCAUUAGUGUUUCAUAUAAAAUUAAUCAGACCAUUUUUUUAAUGUAACAAACAACUUUUCACGAAUAUUUGAAAAUACAUUUUUGUUUUCAACUGUUUCCAUCUUCUCGGUUUCCUCUGACCCCUUUUCAUUGUACAUGAUGUAAGGGAUGUAAAAUACCUUUUUACAUGUUUGGAAAAUGGAGCUGCACAUGAAGCAUUAAGUCAGGAAGUUAACUACAGCUGGAGGGAUCUGGUCAUGUUCUUAACCCAUUUAUAUGAAGACAGAUACUGUUGAGGUUAGAAUGUGCAAAAAAUGUAUGGGAGAAGAUUUUAUUGCCAGACUUUGUCUUUGUUCAUCAGUUUGUAUUUGUCUAAUACGGUACUUCUCGUACUUCUACUGCCCAGAUUUUGCUAUGCAGAAAUCCUGGGGCUGGCCCUCUUUGUUUUAUGACUUCGGUGAAGUCUCUAUCAAUCAUUUAUGGUCUUCAUUGUACCGACUGUGUUUCCUCAUGCUCACACAGAACUUAAAAAUUUUAAGUUACUAACUAUCAGAGUAUAGUUUGUUUGCAUGCUCUGCAUGGCCUGAUGUUCACAUGAGCACCCAAAAAAACAAAAGUGGACCACUUUUUUUUUUCUUUUUUUUUUGCCCCCUCCCCCUCCCCCAACUCAUGACUCUUGACUAUUCAUCACAGUCGCGUGUUGUUUUUGUUUUUCUGUCUGUUUUUCUGCCGUCUCAUGCCUUCAGCUGAAAUGCCAUAACUGCCACACGAAUCAACAUACUCGUUAUCAAUCUCUCGUCACCUUCAGUCAGUUGUUUCCAGCUGUCUCGUCCGUAUACAAGGUACACAGUGGGUAGAUAGAUAAUGCGACUUGCACUGUGCUGUUCAGCUAGAAUAUAUAUAGAGGGGAGGGGGUGUCGUGUGUUAAGGUUAUGGAUCAACACUGCUCUUGCAAUCAACAGUAGAAACAGUGCAAUCUCUUUUGGGCAAUAAAGCACAAAUUGUGUACACACUC